AGGCGCCGCGGGCCGGCGCCCCGGCGCCGAUGCCGUCGGCGCGGAGGUGGUGCCAACGGGCCGCCGCCGGGCUCGCGUGUGGGCUCGUCGCCGCGGCGACCUGCCUCACGGCCUGGGGGGAGGGCAGCCUGAGCUUGUCCGCCAGGGACCUGCCGGCCUCGGCGGCCGCGGCGCCGCUGGCGCCCGAGGGCCCGCGGCCCUCCUCGACGACUGCGCCGCGGCCCCCCGCGCGGCACGAGCGCGCGGCCGCGAGCGCCGCGCCGCCUGGCGACGCUGAGGCCCAGCACGGGAGCUCACAGCUCGGAGCCACGGGAGCGGUCAGGAAUACAACGGACGCGCCAGCACAGCCGGCUGUGCCGGCAUGGCGUUCCUACGUCCACCGCGACGGGGAGAAUCCGCUCGUGGCCGGUGCCAGUGCCGAAGGGCUGCCCGAGGACAGCCAGGGGGGCAGGCCGGGGUGGCUCGUGGGUGACGACACGCUGAUCGUGGACGCGCGCGCGCAGAGGGGCGACGGCAGUGGUGGCAUCCUCGUAGUGAGUGCAGUCCUUCUGGAUAGCAAAAAGCAUACCUGGGGGGCUCGGGCGGGCGGUAAGGAAGCAGGAGAGAUGCGCCGCCCAAAAUGGUUUCGAUCUUGUUUGGCAGCCACCCGCUCGCGCUUGCGGAGGUUUGGGCAUGCGAUGGUCGUCAGGUGGAAGCCAACACUGAAGGCGUCUGAGCGUAUCGCGCAUUAUUGUGCAAAGCAAGAGGCGAUGAAGAUUCAAGAGGCCCAGCAGUGCUUCAGGGACCACGAGACCAUAAUAUCCGGGGCCGGCGGAUUCAAUUGGGAGAAGGAGCUAAUGCUUCUCGAGUAUUUGUCGAGCCCCGAGAAUUUCGCAUAUGUUCUCAUGCUGGACGCCGACGCCGCGCUCGUGCACGCAGAGCACGACACCCUCUCCCUGAUGGCAUUGGAACUCCGGGCAGCGGGCAAGGUCAUGUUCCUGUCCAACGAGGAUUGGAGCAAAGGUGGGAAACGCGUCAUCAACGGCGGCCUUAUAUUCGUUGCCAAUGUCGUUUGGACGCGGCAGUUCUUCCAGGACAUGCUCGGCGCUUACAUGAAGGGCACGGUACAGGGUCUGAAGAGUGUCGGAGGCGGGAGCCUCACAUGCACAUCGAACGAGCAGGCGUGCCUUCUUGGUAUGGCGAAGCGUCCGGGCUUCCAGGAGAGGGUGGCCGUCUUCAGCGGCCAGAGGUGGAACAGGGGUGGCUGCGUCUUCGGCACAUGCGAGCAGUUUGGUGGGCCCGCCAACACGGAAAUGGGGCGCCUUGGCAUGACCGACCCAAGCAUGGAGAUUAUGCAUUUCUCUGGCGGCUCGAAGAACUGGGCGUCAAAGGUUCUGUGCAACGCCAGCCUGAAUGUAUCUCGCGAGCCCAUCGAUGGGUAUGGCUGCUCCGGCAAGUGA